AUGGCUGCUUCUACUAACCAAAAAACUGGCUUCCAUGCUCGCUCUAACAGUUUUCCCUCUAGACCAAACCCAAUCAUCACCCAACUUGAUGAGCAUUUGUGCAGAUCAAGGGCUUCGGAAGGUGCCUCUACUUCAUCAUCCUUGGGUGGAAAACUAAUUAGUCUUCAGGAUUUGCAAGAUUGUGUCAAUAAGUUACUUUUGUUACCACUCACCCAACAAGCCAUAGCCCAAGACAAAAAUGGAAAAUGGGUUGAUGAGCUAUUAGAUGGAUCUCUUCUGGUUCUUGAUUUGUGUAAUACUGCAAAGGAUGCCUUGUUGCAAACAAAAGAAUGCUUGCACGAACUUCAAUCAAUAUUACGCAGGAGAGGUUGCGGUGAAGCUGGUCUUACAAGCGAGGUUAAGAAAUAUUUGGCUUUGAGGAAGAUAGUAAACAAGGCAAUUCGCAAGGCCUUGAAGGGUGUGCAAAACAAAAGCACCUUUUUUAUGUCUAAUGGAGACCAUGAAACUACAAACAUGUUUAACAUGUUAAAAGAGAUUGAAGUAGUUUCUGUCAAAGCGUUCGAAUCCCUCCUCUCCUUCAUCUCUGGAUCGAGGGCAAAGACUGGCUGGUCAUUAGUCUCCAAGCUGGUGCACAAUAAAAAAGUAGCAUCUGCAGAUAAAGAAACUGAUAUAAAUGAAUUUGCUCAAGUUGAUGCAGCAUUACUCGCCUUGGUAGGUCAGAACACAAACAAAUCUGAUAAUAUCAAGGGUGUCCAAAGCCAACUGGAGAACUUGGCAUUGUCCAUUCAAGAUAUUGAAGAAGGUCUUGAGUGCCUUUUCAGGAAUUUGAUCAAAACUAGAGUCUCCCUUCUCAACAUCCUAAACCAUUAG